CCCCUUUCCUCUUCCUGCUGGCCCCAACUAUUUCACUUUCAUUUCUCUGCCAGCUGAACAGAAGGGAGGGACAGCAGGCAGGCCGGAUCUGUGCAGUCACUCCAUCCUGCCUUUGGCUUUCCUUCACCACUUCAACCUUUGCGAAGGCGGCAAGGCUUCACCUGUGGGGCCCACAGGUUGGUAGGGAGAAACUAGCAAUCAGUGGGUGCUACUAGUCUUGGACAACUAUACCACCUGUUAUGAAUCCACUAAAUCACCUAGAAGUCUCCAAGCAAGAAGAGCAUCAAGACCUAGAACAGGAGGAAGCCAACGGCAGUGCAAUGACUUCACAAAUCCUGAUGAACAUACAGCAGGAGGUGACUUGUCCCAUCUGCCUGGGGCUUUUGAAGGAACCGCUGAGUCUACACUGUGGCCACAGCUUCUGCCAAGCCUGUAUCACCAUGAGCAACGAGAAGGCAAUGAUGGACUCUGAAAGGGAAAGCAGCUGUCCUGUAUGUGGUAUCAGAUAUUCACCUGAAAAUCAAUGGGCUAAUCAGCACUUGGCUGGUAUAGUGAGAAAACUCAUGGAAGUCAAGUUGAGCCCUGACACUGAGCAGGAGAGACAUUACUGUGUACACCAUGGAGAGAAACUCCUACUCUUCUGUGAGGAGGACAGGAAGGCCAUUUGUAGGCUCUGUGAGCGUUCUCAGGAGCACUGUGGUCACCACACCUUCCUCUUGGAGGAAGUAGUGAAGGAAUGGCAGGAGAGGCUCCACAGCGCCCUCACCCGGCUGAGAAAGGAGAAGCAGGAAGCAGAGGCGUUGGAAGCUAACAUCAGAGAAGAGAAAAAUUCUUGGAAGUAUCAGGUACAGACUGAGAGACAAAGGAUACAAAGAGAAUUUAUGCAGCUUAGAGGAAUCUUGGACUACGAGGAACAGAGGGAGCUACAGAGGUUGGAGGAAGAAGAAAAGGAGAUACUGGAUAGCUUGGCACAGUCUGAGGAUCAGCUGGCUCAGCAGAGCCAGUUGGUGAGAGAGCUCAUUUCAGAUCUGGAGCACCGGAGUCAAUGGUCAACAACAGAGCUGCUACAGGAUACGAGUGGAAUUAUGAAGUGGAGUGAGAUCUGGACACUGAAGAAGCCAAAAGCAGUUUCCAGUCAGCUGAAGUCCAUGUUCCAGGCCCCAGAUCUCAGUGGGAUGCUACAAGAGUUCAGAGAACUAAGAGAUGCCCGGUGCUACUGGGAGGACUUCACAUUGAAUUCCAUCAACUUAAACUUGAAUCUUGUCCUUUCAGAAGACCAGAGACAAGUGCAAUCUGCUCCAAUAUGGCCAUUUAAGUGCUAUAACUAUGGCAUCUUAGGCUCUCAAUAUUUCUCCUCAGGGAAACAUUAUUGGGAAAUAGAUGUCACCAAGAAGAAGGCCUGGAUCCUUGGAGUGUACUGUAGGAAACGUUCAGUGAGGUUUGGCAUCCGUCAAACUGCAAACAACCCAAAUGUUUAUUAUGGAUACAAACCUCAAUAUGGCUACUGGGUUAUAGGGUUGCAGAAACGGAAGUAUCAUGCGUUUGAGGACCCUCACGUCUCUUCUCUUACAGCUCUGCCCCUCUUCCAGACUAUUCCUCCCCAUCGAAUUGGGGUUCUCCUCAACUGUGAAGCAAGGACCAUCUCAUUUUUCAAUGUCACAGGCCAUGGGUCACUCAUCUAUAGGUUCUCCAACUGUUGCUUUUCUCAACCUGCCUAUCCAUACUUCAACCCUUGGAACUGUCCAGCCCCCAUGACCUUGUGCCCACCUGCCUCCUGAAUUUUGUCAUUAUUAUAUCAAUGUCUCACAAUGCUCCUUGUUUUGAGGUCCAUCUCCUGUGUCUCAGCAUACCACCACUGGUCAGACUGCCUCUUCCUUGUGCUCCCUCCUCUACUUGAGAGCAUCCCUCAUCUUUGAGCUUCAGUGUGUGCCAUAUUUACCUAGAUAGUGUUUUUCAUGUUCUUAAAGCAAAUUAUCUAGUAUGUCCUAGGGAUAGAACAGUACUGAUGUAUUAUCUUUGUCCUCACAUUUCUCACAUUUCCCUGGACUGCAACUAUCCUUAAGAAUCACUGCAAUAACAACACCAUCAACAACCACAGUCAGCCGGGCACCAGUGGCUCAAGGCUAUAAUCCCAGCUACUGAGGCGGCUGGGAUCUGAGAAUAGUAGUUUGAAGCCAACCCCAGCAGGAAAGUCCAUGAGAAUCUUAUCUUCAAUUAGACCA